AUGCGUCAAAAGCCUUUUCAAAUCACAACAACCCCAAAAAGACGUUCUGUAUCUCGCCGUAGCGAUGAAGGAAGGUACCACGGGCGCAGUUCAGAAUGCCAGGACCAUCGUAGUUCAGAACGCCAAAAUUGCCGAAUAUAUGAACACAGCCAAAGUCCUCCAUAUCGACAUAAUCGCUCAAGUUUAGAUCGUUUUAGCCAAAGUCCUCCUUUAGAACACUGUGGUAGAAGUUCUGGUAAAAGUUCAGAACAAAAUGAACUCACAUCAAUUCGAAAUACCCUCGACUAUCUAGUCAAGGAAGUUAAAAAUUUAAAAGCCAAUUUGCAGUUCUCUAGAUCCUCUCAAUCCUCGCUAAGAGCCGUUUCGGUAAUACCAGUACCACCUGGUGGUUAUGAUUCAAGACACGAAGUCGUACAAAUUCUCAGCGGGUUUGAUAAUUCUCUGUCGAUUGACCAUACGCAAAAAUGGAAUGAUAUUUGUGAUCAUGUUUUUAAAGACAUUAUGCCAGCGGUCAAUCAAGCCCUAACUGAUCCAGAUCCGGGGCCAGAGGGAGAUGAAGAUGAAGAAGACGAAGAACAACGGCAAAAAGAAUAUGAAGAACGAAAGCAAAAGGAAUAUGAAGAACGAAGGCGAAAGGAAUACGAAGAACAAAUGAAAAAAGAAAAACAAAGGCAAAAGGAAGAAGAACGAAGGCAAAAGGAAGAAGAAUGA